GCUCAUGUAGUGCUCACUACACAGAUCUGAUCAUCAAGAUGGACACCAGGAUCCUCACUGUGUUUCUGCUGCUGGUCAUUCAAGCUUUCAUUGGCAUUAACACACAAGGGGAGUUAGAGAUGCCAUGGCCUUAUGAGGAAGAGGAGGAGGAGAGUGUGAAGGAAGUGACGGAGAACCAGACGCCGACGGGCUGCAACUGUGACUGUCAGGAUCGAGUCCCACCGACCGGGACUCCAGCGACCUGGACCCCCAUCAUCAGCACCACACCGGACACACACACCGGCCCGUACCAGGAAUGCAUGCCGGAGUGUCCCUACCACACACCGCUGGGAUUCGAGGCCGGGUCGGUGAAGGCGGAUCAGCUCACCUGCUCAAACCAGGACCAGUACAUCGGCUGGUUCUCCUCCUGGACCCCGAAUAAAGCCAGACUCAACAGUCAGGGGUUUGGCUGUGCCUGGCUGUCUAAAGCCCAGGACGCGAGUCAGUGGCUUCAGGUCGACCUGCAGGACACUCAGGUGGUGUCCGGGAUCAUGACCCAGGGGCGCUGUGAUGCGGACGAGUGGACCACCAAAUACAGCGUGCAGUACCGGACCCACCAGCACCUCAACUGGGUCUACUACAAAGACCAGACCGGGAACAACAGGGUGUUCUACGGGAACACGGACCGGUCCUCCACGGUCCAGAACCUGCUGCGCCCGCCCAUCGUGACCCGGUUCCUGCGGAUCCUUCCUCUGGGCUGGCACACACGCAUCGCCAUCCGCCUGGAGCUGCUCAUGUGCAUGAACAAGUGUGUGUGAUGCAGG